UUAAUUUUUCUCUUGUCUUCCCCAAUUCACAAUUUCAACAAAGAGAAGGAAUUUCUCUCAUUUCCUGUGGGAUCAAUAAAAAAGCAUGGGUUUUCGAUCCCUCUUCAACCGAAAGAAGAAACUCUUAAAGAAAACAACAUCAUCUUCCCCAACAACCGUAACUGAUCACGCAACAUUUAUCUCCCGUACACCGUCCCUCCAAUCACGUGCCCAUUUCAAUGAGGAAUUGGAGCAGGUGUUUCGUAAAUUUGAUGUUAACAAUGAUGGAAAAAUCUCUUCUUCAGAAUUAGGAUCCAUCAUGGGAAGCUUAGGACAACCCGCGACAGAAGAAGAACUCAAUAAUAUGAUUCGCGAGGUUGAUGCUGACGGAGACGGUCACAUCAAUCUCGAGGAGUUUAUCGAGUUAAACACCAAAGAUAUUGAUUCCAAUGAGAUUUUGGAGAAUCUCAAAGAUGCUUUUUCCGUUUUUGAUGUUGACAAAAAUGGUUCUAUAUCAGCUGAAGAAUUGCACAAUGUUAUGGUUAGCCUCGGCGAUCAAUGCUCCCUCGUUGAAUGCCAGAAGAUGAUCGGUGGUGUUGAUAGUGAUGGAAAUGGAUUGAUUGAUUUUGAAGAGUUUAAAAGAAUGAUGAUGGGAUCUACAUUCGUGGGAAGAAUUAAUAUGGAAACAUGAAAAACUUGAUGUAUGGUUUUAAAUUAUGGUUUCGGUGUGGUGUUUGUUGCGAUUCUAUUUGGUCACACUUUUAUUGUGAUUUGAUCGCAAAAUGUUUAAGACCUAAUUAAUUAGGAAAGUACAUUUCAGCAUUGAUUGUUAUUUUUUAUUGUUAUGUAUGGGUUUUCAUUGUUGCAAGUACUUUCGUUUAGUUUCUUCUUUUAUUUUCCUUCUCAAGAAAUUGUUGGUUGAAGACCAGUCUUUUAUAACUUGUUUAUGGAAGAUACAUCAUCAUUCGUAACGUUUUAAA